GUUAUAUUCAAUUCAGUGCUUUCACAUUUCGAUACGAAGUUAUUCUAUACGAAGCCCGGUUUAAAAUGCUGAAUCAAACUUUGUUCGUUGUUAUUUUGUCCGUUUGGUGUUUUAGUGUAUCCCAAGCCGAGUUUAACUGCUCUGAUCCUCCAGUUUUGCCAAAAUACGACAUAAGUUCAUGUUGCCGGGUUCCACGUAUUGAUCUAGGAUCUGCACCACAAAAAUGUAUCAAAGAAAUAGAUUCUAUAAAAACCGUUGCAGAUUUACCAGCAUUUGCUCAUGUCUGCUAUCCUGAGUGUAUUUACCGUCAUUCUGGAGUUUUGGAAAAUGGCGAAAUUGAAAUGGAAAGUGUUCGAAAAUUUCUAGCAAAUAGUGUUCGUAAUGUUGACCAGGAUUUUGUUCCAGUUAUAAUGAAUUCCUUUGAUAGUUGCAUGAAAAAUAUUCGAGAACAAAUGAAUGCAAUUAAAGUGAAAAUGUAUGCAAAACUCGCAGAUGGUUGCAGUCCUUAUUCGAGCAUGAUUUGGGGCUGCGUUAAUACUGAUACAUUUCUUAACUGUCCCGAAAAAAUGUGGAAAGAUGAAAAGGAAUGUAAUUUGGUGAAGGGUUUUGUACAGCAAUGUAAUCCAUUGCCACAUGUUCCAUUGCCGGCUUAUUAGAUUUAUUGUUAUUAUUUGCUAUAUUAGGAUUUA